AUGGACUUGGAAAGUUUUUUGUUGGGAGCGGUUUACCACUAUGGACUCCUCAUCGGUCUCAGUACCUUUGAGUUCGACUGGAACACAGGGCGUGUAUUUACAACAAAAUGGAGUACUUUUUACGCAAUUGCAUUGGAUUCAUGUAUAUUUACCCUAUACAUUUAUCACUGGACCGGAAACACAAACAUUGUUAAUACGAUUUUCGGCAGAGCAAACAUGUUGCACGAAUAUGUUGUCGCCAUAAUGACCGGACUUAGAAUUGCUACUGGUCUUUUCAUACUGAUUCACAGAUGGUACCAGCGCUGCAAGAUGAUGGAUUUGACGGCCAGUGUGGUCCGAAUGUAUGUAGCUAGGCCGCAGGUAAGGAGAAUGUCUCGCUGGGGCAUUCUCACCAAGUUUAUUUCCGGGACUGUGACCGAUGGCCUCCAAAUGGCCAUGGUCUUGAUUGCAAUGGGGCGUAUAGACUCGCAAUUCUACCUGGGACUGGGCUUGCAGUACUGGAUGUCCGUCAUUCUCAACAUAACUAUGAUACAGCAAUACAUGAUAAUGCUUUUCGUUCGGACACAGUUACAGCUCAUUAACACGGAACUGCGUCAGGUGAUCGAGGAAGCCAAGGAACUGCUGUUAAGCCCCCGGCAUCAGGGAGUUUUCAUGACCAAGUGUUGUUCGUUGGCGGAUCAGAUAGAGAAUAUAGCAAGAGUCCAGAGCCAACUGCACACGAUUGUGGACCAAAUGGAAAAAGUAUACGGCAUUCAGGGGGCUAUGAUCUAUGUGGGCUACUACUUGUCCUCGGUGGGCACCUGUUACUUGGCGUAUAGUAUCCUCAAACAUGGAUAUGAGAACUUGAACAUGACACUGAGUGCUGUAAUCCUAUCAUAUGCUUGGUGUUUCUUUUACUACCUCAAUGGUAUGCUCAAUUUAUCGGUCAUGCUCCACGUCCAGGAUGACUACCGGGAAAUGCUACAAAUACUCGGGGAGCGGACCAUAUUCGUUGGCUUGGAUGUCCGCCUCGAAGAAGCCUUUGAGAACCUUAAUCUACAGUUGAUACGAAAUCCGUUAGAAAUAAAGGUUGUUAAGUUGUAUGAUGUAACUCGCAGCAAUACAUUGGCCAUGUUCGGAAACCUGAUCACGCAUUCAAUUUUUUUAAUUCAGUAUGAUAUUGAACAUUUUUAA